GGCACGCAACACGGCAAUCGGUGGUGCACUGUGUCCUUGGGAUACAGCAGAUCACCAAUCACUGAGAGGAGAGCUGGUUAUCAGCAUUCCUCAGAGGGGACAUCUACACUGAUCAUCAGGGCACUGGUGAUCAGUGCCCUGAUGAUCAGUGUAGCCCCAUCAGUGCCACAUGUCAGUGCCCAUCAAUGCCACAUGUAAGUUUCCACCAAUGCCUACCAGUGCACAUGCAAUCAAUGACACAUAUCAGUGUCCAUCAGAGCUGCCUUUCAGUGCAGCCUAUCAGUGUCAG